AUGGACAAGGGUACCUACAAAGUACCGCUCACGUCUCCAAAGAUCGUGGGAUCAUACUCUUCACGCGGGUAUCGCGAGCAAGAAGACGCGUCCUCGGUUCAUGCGCUGCAGCUGGACCCUGCAGAACUGCAACAAUCACUGGCGAAAAGCAAGAACCCGGUGGACUGGAACCCUGAAGUGGCUGGAUCUAAUUUCUUGGCAUCUCAAGCUGGAUAUUUUGGCAUCUUUGACGGUCAUGGAGGCCCCCAAGUCUCAUCAUACGUCGCCAGCAAACUUCAAUCCCUCAUUGAAUCCGCAGAGCCUUCGUCGAUAGCCUCUGUUGUGGAAUGGACGAAAGAGAAACACGGUGGAUACUUUAAGAGAUGGCGGGGUGGUGCCCUGGGGCGGUGGACCAGAUUCGCCCAGGAAGGGCAAGCGGCGAGUGUAGAGAAUGGAGACAAGAUGACUUUGGAAGAGCGUUUAACACUGGCCUUUUUGCAAGCGGACAAGGAGAUACUGGAAGACGUGAAUGGUUCUGAAAGAUGCGGAUCGACAGCGAGUGUGGUGUUGCUGCAUUCGUUGGAUGGGCCAGCGCAGCCUUAUUGGGGUGCAAAGAAGGUGGCCGUGACGAUUGGACACUGCGGAGAUACCCGUGCCCUUCUCUGUAUCCGUGCCACUGGCCAAGUCCUUGCCCUCACCGAAAAGCACCACGCUGAAUCCCGCGUUGAGGCUUCCCGCCUCCGGCGCAUGGGCGCUGGGCUGCUUGUCAGUGACUCGUAUGGCGAAUCGAGGUGGAUGGGAGCGGUGGAAAACACGAGGGGAUUUGGGGAUGGGCAAUGGAAGCCUUCGGGGGUGACUGCAGAGCCAGAGGUUUCGACCAAGGUCAUUGAUGGCGACGAAAGUUGCUACAUUGUACUGGCAACAGACGGCAUAACUGCCCUCAUGUCGGACCAAGAGAUUAUAGAUCUCGCCCGCCGUUCUCUCGACCCGAGCCGCGCAGCCAAGACCAUCGUCCACUUUGCCGAAGACCUCGGCGCGUCAGACAACUGCACUUGCGUCGUAGUACCGCUAGCCGGAUGGGGCAAGGUCGGGGGAGAAGACAAGACUGCAGAGAGAAGAGAGUAUAGGCGGAAGAAUGCGGAGGGGAUGAACACAAGGAUGCAGAGGAUGUGA